AUGGCUCGUGAGAAGAGGUGUGUGCCGAGAGCUUCGGACAAGCAGCAGAGCAGCUCUGGAAAGAAGACAAAGGAGGAUGGUGAGACUGCUGCAGCUCAUGACAAGAGAGCUUUGACUGUCACUGUGGAUCCUGCUGUUUUGGAAUGUGAUGCCUGCUUCGGACCUCUGGCUCCCCCACUCUACCAGUGCACGAGAGGGCACAUCACCUGCGCGACGUGCAUGGAGGAGACGGGGCAGGGCUGCCUGUGGUGCCGCUCGACGGAGGCCACCAUGCGGUGCCGCGUCAUGGAGCACUUCCUCGCCGCCGUCAGCGUGCCGUGCUCCUUCACCCACCUGGGCUGCGCCGCCAUGGUGCCCUACGGCGACAGGGAGGCGCACGAGGCCACCUGCGUCCACGCGCCGUGCUACUGCCCCAUCCGCGGCUGCUCCUCCCCCUACUCCGGCGUCUCCCUGCUCGACCACCUCCGCCACAACCACCCGGAGAUCCGCCGCACCUGCGUCGACCGCGGCAGCCUCUCCGCGAUCAUGAUGCGCGGCGGCGAGCUGGCCCGGCUGCUGUGCCUCGCCGACGACAAGGACAGGGCGGUGGCUGUGUUCCUCCUCGUCGUCGACCAGUGCGAGGCGCCGGCCACGGGGCGGUCGCUGUGGAUGGUCCGGCUCAAGGCCGAGCCGCCGGCGGACGUCAAGGAGGAAGAAGAAGACGAGAGCGAAGCGUCGUCCAAGGAGGAGUUCAGGUACAAGAUCAUGGUCUCCGGCAAUGGCGGCGUGCUGUCGCUGGUCGGCGAGACGGUGCCGACCGUCGGGCGGCUGACGGCGCCGUACAGGCCGACCACCUUCCUCUUCGUCCCCGGCGCCAUGCUGGAUUCUCAUCGCCACCAUGAGGGCUCCAGCUUGUUACUCUUCGCCGAGCUCAACUGA